CCUCCUCCGCACAGCUUUGCGCCACGUCUGGGAACGUCUCAGCUCCCAAGAGUCCAAGGAAGCCAUCGUAGGUUGUGUGCUAUGCAUUCUCAACAUGCACAAGAAGGUGGACAACUGAGCUCCCCCUUCACUUGUUGUUCUACCCUCCACUUGUCAGCAGCACAGAGACUGGACAAGAAGACGUGGACACUGGCCAUGUCUGAGAGUAUUGUCAGGAAGAUACAACCCUUCACGAUUGGGACUAAGCUGUCUGUCCCCACUGUGCACAAAUGCCAGGAGUUUACGGAGACUUAUCUGCAAAGCCAGAACCUUGAUAAUUGCACACUAAAGCAGAACCUGAACUCGCUCUACCUCAGUCGACAGCAGGUCUGCGCACAUGGCCCCUGUCUGGUCUCGCCCACCGGCCAGCAGGUAGCCCCCGUGAAACACAAACAGGAGGACAUGGCCACAGAAGACCACCUAAACCAGAACGUCACCCCUUCCUCUGCUGUUUCCAGAUCUAUCAAGAAGAUCACAAUCUCCGGAAAUAAGAAAAGCCCAGAGAACACAAUUUCAGUGGGACUAAGACAGCGAUCCAUUUUUGGAUCCACAUCUGAAAACCAUAAUAACAACAACAACAUCAGCGGCACAUCUGAUCAUAACCUGCCUAGGAUUGUGGGAGUCAACUGUGAGAAUAUCCCUAACUCUCAUUGCAAGUGCUCUGUUACAGCACACCCUUCAGAGGCAGUGCUCACUGGAAAACAUGAGGAGAAAGACGCUCAAAGAUGUCAGCAUCACGCACAGAAUGAAGAGCAAGCAGAUGUUACAUCCCAGAGUGACUGCUAUACUCAGCACAUAUCUCUCUUCAACAAGGAAGUACUACAGGCUAAGACAUGGAGCAAAGACAAACUGCAAGAUGACUCCAAAAUUCAGCGCUGCCCCCUGCAGGACUGGGAUGAAGCCUCACAGAUACUUCAGAGAGAUCUUAAAGACUUUGACAACACCCUAAUCCAACUCAAUCAGACAGGCGAUCAGCUGAUCUGCAAGCUGAAUCCCACUUCCGACCUUGUGAAGAAUCAGCUCAGCCAGCUGAAAGACCAAUGGAACAUUCUGAAACAGACAGCUGCCAGUCAAUCCAGGGUUCUGGGAGGUUCCAAAAACCUGCAGGAGUUCAACAAAAAAGUGGACAAACUAGAGACAUGGAUUAAAGAGAAGGAAGAGGUGCAGUCUCUUGUUGUCCUGGGUGAAAAUGUUGACAAAAUGCAGCUAACCAGAAGAAUUUUAGAUUUGAAACAGGAUGAGCAGCUAUACAGAACCCUCCAUGAGGAGAUCAAUCACAUGGCCCUCAAAAUGGAGAAACAAGGGAAGUUGGAUAGUAAAAGCAUCUCCAACAGGAGGAAAAAUGUCAAUAAAAUGUGGCUAAAGGUGCAACCUCAGCUAAAAAAACACCAAGACAAUCUUCACCUUGCACUCGAAGUGUCCUCAUUUUACCAGCAGGCUGACAAUACAUUGUUUGCCAUCAAUAACAUGAUGAAAAGCAUAUCUGCCUCAAAAGAGUCAGGGCAUUUCAGAGACAGAGAAAUCCGUGACAUUGCCAGUGAAAUCAUGAUGCUAGAUGUGACUGUGUCCCAACUGUCAAAUCUCCACCCUGCCUUGGCUGCCGGUGUCACACAGAAGCAGAAGGAGGUCAGGGACUGCUGGGUUUCUCUUCAGAAGGUUUUCAGGAGCAACCGGACAACCCUCCCUCCCGUGGGCUCAGCAGUCACCAGGGAAGACGCUGACCCCUUGACAUCAACCCAAGAACUCCAAUGCAGCAUGGGAAAAGAGACUCAAACGACCAUGGGAAAGCAGGGUGAAGAAUGGCAGCGUGAUGGUGGAGACUAUAUGAAUAUAUCGGCAUGUUGUGGGAGUAUUAAGCAAAGCCAGGCACAGCCAUGUGUGAACCACACCUCUUCACCCAUGGGAGAUGGCCCUGAUGAUGUCAUCAUCAGUCAUCAGUCGAGGAGGGAAAGCCGGAAGCCUAGAGGUGAGCCCAAGCGUAUCACGCCCCCGAGAGGCCACCCACAGCUUCAUAUUCAGCUCCAGAAAUUCACCGUGUCAGCUGACAAGACUCUGUCCUGGCUGAAGGAAAAUGUUUCUCUGGCCACACAAGUGUGUUCAAUAGCCACUUUCGAGGGACUAGAGGCAGCCAGGAGGUGCCAACAUGCAGUGCAACAAGAAAUCCUCACGAAUAAAGCCAGGAUAGAGGUGGUCAAAAGAGAGGGCCAUGGGUUGGUCCGUGCACAGCACCCGGGCUGCACCAAGAUAGAACAGUUCCUCAGCCAGCUGGAGAUGCUUUGGGAAGAGCUGCAAAGGAGGCACCAGAGGAAUGCUGUGUUCCUGAAGGCCUCAGAAAACCUGGGCUUUAGGGUUGUUAAAGUACUACAGGCUCUUGGAAGCCUGGAGGCCUGGCUGGAGUCUGUGGAGCUUUCCGUGAAGGAGUCAUCGCUAGGCAGUGACCCUGAAAAAAUGCCAGUUGCAGAGCGAGAGAGCUGUCUGCUGGAGAAAGAAGUAGCCAUUCGUGGCCUGGAGCUCAAUGCUCUCAGAAAAGAGAUGGAGCACCUGCAUGGCCACAGUCACCCACACACACGUGGCUUGCCAUCACGUAUAGAAGAGGUGGACAGAAAGUACCAACAUGUUCUAAGUGCCCUGACUCAGCAGAGCUCUAAGCUGCAGGACACGUGCAUGCUGACGGAGUUCUUGGCGCGUGUGGAGCUGGAGGAGAGUCAGGAGCUUGACAAUAGUCAAUACUGCUCAGAUCAGCCUCGCCACAGUAAGAUCUCAUCAAUUCCUGACUUGCUGGGACUUCAAAGCAGUGGUGAGUGCGAGCUGAGCAUGGUUGAACCUGUGGAGGAACCUAGAGAGGCUGUGGUGAUGCUGAAUGACAAAGUGAGAGAAAGACGACGACCACAGAGUCAUGAGCGGUCCAUACAGGAGCUAUUGAGCAAGCAAGCCAGGGUGUCUGUGUGCAUGGAGGAGUGCCUUUGCUGCUACAAUGAGCUCAGCCUGGACAUCCUUGAGAAGGAGACAGAUAUGGCUGUCCAAUGUGAGCCAGAUCACUGUGGCUUUGAGUCACUGCAGGAGAGAAACGCCCACCUGGAGAUUGACUAUGAAGUUCUCACUGACGAAGUGAAGGAGAUGGAGAGCCAAGCUUCUCGUUUGAAGGAGCUGUACCCAGAAAGAGUGCAUAUAUUUUGGACCAGGCUUCAGGCAACACUGCAGGUCUGGACAGAGCUGGGAAAGAGUGUGAUGGAGAGCAAAUCACGUCUACAAGAUUUCUUGCAUCUCCAAGACUUCUUCAGGCGCUACCUUGCAAUGAUCUCAUGGACAGAGGACACCCGGUCAUGCAUUUUCUCAGAAACUUUGCAUCUGAGGGAAGAUGGCCAGAGCCUGCAGUCGACAGAGCUUGAUAUACAAAUUGAGCAAAAGUUUGAGGAGUUUGAUGCGCUGGCGGCAUCUGGGAGAAACAUUUUGGACAAAGAACACCACCUCACUCAGAUGGUAGGAGAGCGCAUGGAGGAACUGCGGAGUAUGCUCGGGUGGAUUUCUGUGCACUGGAGAGCGAAGAAACAAGAGUGGAUUCACAAGAAGAGUACACAGGAAAACUCAAUAGAUAACAUUUAUUCUGAGGCCACAUUGUACUCCCCAUCAGAGACAACAGAUUCCUAUGAGUUCUGUCAGGCUCUGAAUGUCAUCUCAGAAGAAAGCAAACCAAUGGCUAGAGGAGACAGCCAGACCUCAGAGCAGUUCUCUGGACAUGCUCAGCAGACAGAAGAGAAUCAGUUAGAAGAUGCCUAUGAGGUCAUGAAAAUUAUCAAACGAUGGGAUGGCGAGGCCCCCCGAUCAGAGUCUUCCACACCCUCCCUCACGGUCAUUAAGGAGCCCAGCAGUCCCUCUUUAGGGGGCAUGGUCAACCUCAUCCUCAGCUUUGGUAACACGGGGGACAGCCACUUUCAAGUGGUUGACCAAACUGUUGGGAAUGACGAGGUUGUAGAAGAGACUUCUGAGCCUCUCCACAGGCCCACUGUGCCUGCCUGUAAAAACUUUUGGAAGCGCUGCCAGGGGCUUUUGGAAAAUACUUUGGGUAGUUUAAAGCGAAAGAAAAAGAUUUAUCGGCAGAGUGCAAACGAGGUGAGUACUUACUUGCAUGUGAAGGAUAACAACUCAGCUGUGGCUCCAGUGUAUGAGAGUAUUACUCUCCCGCGCCAAAAGAGCCGCUUGACUUCCACAGCUUCCCCUACCGCCUCCUCCUCACCACCCUCCACUGUGCAAGCACCUCAGACCACUCUAUCCUUCCACCCUGUGAAUGGGAGGUAUGUCAACAGCUCCAUCUUCUGCAGCCUUAAGAGAAUGGGAAAGAAACGAAAGAGAAGGAGAGACACCCGCAGGCAUACCAUCCAGAAAGUCAUAGGGGUCGACGAGGAAACAGAUGAGCCUCUUUACGCCUGUGAGACAGUCACUUAUGACACACAUACCUGGCCACUGAAAGAGGGUCGAAGGAAGAAAAGUUCACCACAGUGUGGAGAUGGAGUUGACGCUAUGGCCCACAUAAAGAAUCCCCUACUGAGAGACAUAGAGUUAGAGUGCACUGGAGAGGACUCUAUUACACCAUAUGCCAUUUCAGAGGGGCCAGCCACUUCCAUCCAAGGGAGAGGCCACUGCAGAUUCCUUUCUUUGGGCUCCAUUUUGAGUUUUGACUUACCAAAGGACAUGACUCUCAUCCCCAGCAUUCAGGAGAUCAUUACUAUCUCUCCUCGGGAAUCCAAUAAGGGGGCUGGAAUUGAUCCAGAUCCAAACUUUCAGCAACACACAGCUUUGAGUUCAUUCAAACAAACUCGACCCUCCCUGGCCAACACUGUCAGCAAAGCUGAACUUAGCUCUGAGACACAGAUGUCUCCAGUUGUUGUGAAAGAUAUGACUGAUAAUGACCCCAUUUUCAACACAGCUCCUCCUCCCCCAGUAAAAGACGAGGAUCAGAUGGUACCGUGUAAUGAUUUAUCCCAAAGUCGGUUAAACCUGCAGGAUGAUGCAGAGCAGGAGUGGGACAAAAUGUCAUCAGCACUUAAAACUGUAAAUUACAACAGCUGCCAGCUUUCCCAACCCCCUAUUUAUGUGAAUCAAGCCAAUCUGUUCACUCGUGCAGCUCAUAAACACCAGUGUCCAAAUGUUCAUACACUUAUUCGGGACCUCAAUGGACACAAGUACCAUAAAAAUGCAACGAUGCGUGGUGUACACGAUGAGAACCCAGGACAGUGUAUGCACCAAGCCUCUCACGUUGUUGUCAAUCACAAGCCAACUGAGAAUGUUCGUCAAGACUCGGUGGAUUCAGGCAUCUCCAGCUCCAGCAGCAUCAAACUGUGUCCUGAUGCAUCUUGUCCAGAUAACCCCCAGAUUACUGGAAUGGUGGGGAAGCUAAUGUCCCUUCAAGUAGGACGCAUUGAUUGCAUGAAGAUAGCAGAGAACGUGGGUCCAUCAAAACCCAGCGAAGACCCACAACAAGAACCUGUCCACCUGGACCAUCAACAGUUUGAGGAAGAAGAAGAAGAGUUGGAGGGCAUCUGGAACGAAACUACCAACUUCAGGCAGAGUAUCUGUUCAGACAUCAUGUACCUGCCUAACAAAGAAGAGUCCAUAGCCAUCGGAUCAGCCGAGUGA